AUGACGAAGCAUAGAAGAGCCCUAGAACAACCCAACAUAAAGACCCUCCACAUGAAGAAAAAGAACACGACAGAAAUAGGUAAGACAAACACAGGGUGGGGCAUAGCAACAAUGAUCCCAGAAGAAGCACACAAAGAAGAAAUCAACAACCUAAAAGCAGAAAUAAAAAAAUUAGGAAAUAUCAUGGACAAUUUUCAAAAUCAAACACAAAGCAAGCACCUCGCAACCGCUACAACCGAGAGGCAACCGGAAAAGGCGAAGCACAGCCAACUCGCACAAGAAAAAAAUAUGCAAACAGACAAAGAAGAACCAUUCAUACAAAUAUUAAGCAGAGAAAACAAAAGAAAAAGAGAGUUGAGCAACGCAAUAUUAACACAAAAGGAAGAAAGCAUAGACUACAAGAAAAGGACAGCACAAACAAAGCAGAGCAAGAGCCCAGCCCAAGUAACGAAGACACUUGGAAUAAAAGAGAGCAGCAACACGACAGUAAGAAGCGCCAACGAAGGUAGCAGCAAGACAAAACCACCGCCAAUCAAUGUUCUAUCUCAAGACCCGAAAGACACUGUUAACGCAAUUAAAAGUACUUAUAAUGAUGGCCUCAAAAGUGCCAUGAGAGUCAUGCAGAACAUAGGCAUCAAAAUUGGGCCAAACUGCUACAAUUACUGUCAAGAGACUGAUCAAAACCGCAUCAAAUUAUCCGAUCGUUCGCUCUCAGAUGCUGCAAGAAGAUCUCGAAUCGAAGAGGAGGCAUCCAGAAAGGAAGAAGAUGAGUUCCACGUGUCCAUGGAAGAUAGCACGAAUUCCUAUAAUCAGCGUCGCCCGUAGGGGCCCUCUUGAAAAAAG